UAGUCUGUGGGGGCGCUGGUCUCGGUGAAGGAAACACCCCCUAUUACUUUAUAGGUGACAGACACAGGAGUAGGUAAACCAUGCAUUCCGAUCCGAUGGCGUGCAGGCACGUGCCAGCUGCACAAGCGAUCAAGGUGAACACAGCUGGGCUUUCCUGGAGAAUUCAGGCGGGGAGAGCAAAUGACUAACACCACAAAGUCAACAACUAACACAAACUACCAAAUGUCCUACUCUUACAGGAAGCCUUCCUGGGUUGCCCAUUCCCUAUGGCCUUCUCUGGGCUCCGUUGUGUUUGCUAGAACCCUCAUAGACUGGCUGGUGUUGGCAACCUGGGGCAUUGCCUGGGUCUUAGCAGGGGCAGGGCUUGCCCUCGGGGCCCCCCCCCCAUAGGGAGAGGUUGUUCCUGCCUUGGGCACAGGGUGUUCUGUUCUGGUUCUGAUGGUUCCAUCCUGGCUCUGAGCAUCAUCCUACCCCUGGUGCAACUCACUGCCCAGGACCCUGCUGGCUGCCUUCGGUGAUCUGCAUACCUGGCAUUGCCCUUGUCCAAUACCAGAGAUGAUGCUGGUCACCUCCUGCCCAGAGGCUGGGGCCGGGGACACAGAGCCAUCCACUCAGUGGACGCACGGCCUCUGGAAUCACACAGGGGUCAAAGCUUCGCAUCAUGAACUCUUAGAAACACACACUGUCAGACCCAAAGAAUUGUGCUGUUGGCCUGCAACAAUGGCCUGAACAAGGGGACCCAACAGAGGCAGACCCGAUGGAGCUGCUGCAGUCGCCAUGAACUGAACUAACAAGUGUGAGCUUGCCCACCAGAAGAAUACGAGAGAGCAGAGUACGCGGUUAAGGGAAAGGGACCAGGCGAUGGCUUUCUGCGGGGCGCCAUAGCAGAGGGGCUUGGAGCUCAGGCAGCGGAGCCGAGAAAGACAAACGAGAGGGAAGAACCAAACCAGCUUUGUGGCUCCAUGUCCCUCUGGCCCUUGGCUGGUGUGCCUGGAGCCAGUCCUGCCACACGGAGCAUCUUGGGGCACUCAUGGGUCCCAGCUCUGAUGGACUCCUUGGGCCUUGAAUCUGAGUCCCACAGGAAGUUCUCUGCCCCUCGGCAUGGACACCUGGGCUUCCUGCCCCACAAGAGGAGCCGCCGGCACCGGGGCAAGGUGAAGACGUGGCCUCGGGAUGACCCCAGCCAGCCUGUGCAUCUCACAGCUUUCCUGGGCUACAAGGCUGGCAUGACACAUACUCUGAGAGAGGUGCACCGGCCGGGUCUCAAGAUUUCCAAGAGGGAGGAGGUAGAGGCGGUGACGAUCGUGGAGACACCGCCUCUGGUGGUGGUGGGCGUCGUGGGCUUCCGGGUCAGCUGGUGCCCCUAA